AGCGUUCGAUAUCAAUUCAAUAAGUCAAUCAGUUGAUUGGUGUCAAAUUAGUAACAGUCGAAAACGGGAGGAGCUUGGAGAUAGACGAGUAGGAUUUCACGAAGCGAGUGCGAGGUGUUGGAAGUCUAUAGAAACAGUGGGACGUUGAAAAAUGGUCACCGGCAAGUAUACUAAGGAGAUCUUGGGAUGGGCUGACUACGCUGUGAUCGGUAUAAUACUUGCGAUCAGUUCCAGUAUCGGAGUUUACUUCAGAUUUACCGGUGGCCGACAGAAAACUGUACAGGAAUACUUUUCGGCCGAUCGAACGAUAAAUGCGGGAGUGCUGGCAUUUGCUUUGAUGGUGUCAUACAUGUCGGCUAUUACUCUACUCGGAACGAGCGCUGAAAAUUAUGCUUACGGUUCCCAAAUCGCGGCACUGUACCUUGCACAGGGUCUGGCCACCCCGUUCGUGAGCUACUUGUAUCUUCCAGUGUUCUUCAAGUUCCAAAAAAUGAGCACCUUCGAGUAUCUGGAGAUGAGAUUCGGUUUCACUGCAAGACUUCUCACGAGCAUCAUGAGCGCUUCGCACAUGCUUUUAUACACCGGGAUCGUUCUCUACGCUCCAGCUCUAGCUUUGGAGGCUACGACUGGAUUUUCAACUGACCUUAGCAUACUCCUCAUUGGCAUCAUCUGUACUUUCUACUCGACAAUCGGUGGUAUCAAAGCGGUACUUAUGACGGCUGUCUUUCAGGGCAUCUUCAUGUUCGGUGCCGCUAUCAUAGUCAUUAUAUUAGGGAUAAUUAAUAUUGAGGGUGGCGUCGGGAGAAUUUGGCAGUUGGCAGUUGACGGAGGCCGCAUAGAGUUCGAUAAUUUUUCUCUUGAUCCAACGAUGCGCCAUACCUGGUGGAAUUUGACCAUCGGGACGCUCAUUCUAUCCUUGGCGGCAAACGGCGUGACCCAAGUCCAAGUACAACGAUUUCUCACCGCCAAGACCCUGAGGAGUGCUCAGAUAGCCGCGAUCGGCAGUUGGCCGCUCGCCCUUUGUCUGGGGCUGCUGGCGAGUUUUGCUGGCCUGGUCAUGUACGCCUUCUUCGUUGACUGCGACCCCGUGGCAUCGGGGGAGAUUUCUGCGAACGACAUGCUGAUGCCCUACUUCGUGGUAAUGACGACCGCCAACAUACCCGGACUGGCCGGUCUCUUCAUCGCUGGAAUAUUCAGUGCGAGCUUGAGCACUGUGUCUGCGAUCAUAAAUGCUCUGACUGCGGUUGCCCUGGAGGACUAUGUAAAACCGGUGUACGAUAAACUAGGUUUUCAGUUUCCAGAAAAGCGGGCUAUCCUCUUUGGAAAGUUUCUGGCCGUUGCCGUAGGAGUAAUAUGCAUCCUGCUGUCAUAUCUUUCGAAACGCUUUGGCAGCUUGGUCCAGGCGACUUACAGCAUUGCUGGAAUAGUCUAUGGACCAUUGCUUGCCAUUUUCACCCUCGGGAUGUUCUUCGAGUCUGCAGAGGAGAAAGGAGCCGUCACGGGAACAUUGUUCGGUUUGGCUUUAGUGAGUUGGAUUGCUUUUGGAUAUCCCAGACCUUCCAACAUCCCAUUGUCGGUCUCUACCGUCGGCUGCAACAAUGUGACUCUACCAACGCAGAUUGUGACAAGUAUCAGACAAAUGCCACUCGGGGAUUCGUCAUACUUUUAUCUUUACCGAAUUUCCUACAUGUGGUACGCACCCAUGGGCUUCAUCGUGUCCAUGGUCAUUGGUCUCGCAGUUAGCAACCUAAUAGGUUUGCUCUCCAAGAACACUCCCCGAGAGAUAGACCCAGACCUCUUCACGCCUCUGAUAGCAAAGAGAGUACGGCGAAGGCGAGUCAACGUAUCGAAAACAUCAAACAUUCAAAUUUCAACGAUUCAUGAACAUAAAAGGGACAUACGAAUUCCGUCGUAAUUGAUCGCUACGGGUAGGGAAUACAUUUGUCAGAGUUUUCUAUUGUCGAUACAACAGCUACGUGGUAAAAGAGAACCAAAUGAUACUGAAUAAGUAUUUCAGACUGUUUAGAAAAAAUGAAUAAUCGCUACUUGAUUUGAACGUUAAACGUAAAGUACGUAGCCAACGCAAUUAAAUGAAUUUAACCAUGUAAACGUGUACAUGUACCACGCGAGUUGAAUAAUUGAUAUACAAUAAAAGCCAAAUAAAAAAAGUC